CCCGAGGUCACCGGGGAUGCACGCUCUGAAUUUAGGCCCCUGCGGGACAAUGGAGGCCUCUCUCCCAUUGUGCCCAGGCCUGGGCCGCAGAGAGACCUCCAUGCCCAGAGGUCAGAAGUCACAUAUCACGAGAGAUCCCAGACCUCCUGGACGAGCUCGGGCACCAAACGCAAUGCCAUCUCGAGCUCCUACAGCUCCAUGGGAGGCUUCCCGUGGCUAAAGCGGAGGAGGGGGUCAGCCUCAUCCCACUGCCAGCUGACCAUCAGGUCCUCAAAGACAGCGAGUGAGGACAGGCCUCAGGCUGUCUCUUCGGGUCACACCCGGUAUGAAAAGGCAGCAGAUAUAGCAACAGGGCAGACACUCGCCCCCAGGAAUGGCUCCCCCAGAUCCCAGGCGUCUAGGCCCCGUAGACGCAAGUUUCCCCUGCGGCCACGCAGGCGAGGGGAGCCCCUGAUGCUGCCGCCUCCCUUAGAGCUGGGGUUCCGGGUCACUGCUGAAGACCUGGACCGGGAGAAGGAGGCUGCGUUCGAGCGCAUCAACAGUGUACUGCGGGGCGAGCCCAAGGCCAUCUGGGACUGCAGACCCUCAUGGCCUGCCCACACUUUGUCCUCACUUGCAACAGGGGCUUCUGGUCUGCCUGCUGUCUCUAAAGCACCCAGUAUGGAUGCACAGCAGGAGAGACACAAGUCCCAAGACUGCCUGGGCCCAGUGGCCCCCCUAACAUCUGCUGCAGAGGUCCCCUCCACAGCUCCUGUGUCUGGGAGGAAGCGCAGACCAUCAGGCUCCCUGUUUUCCUCCUCAGAUCCCCUUCCUGCCACCUCUUCCCACUCCUGGGACUCAGCCCAGGUCACCUCGCUGAUUCCGGCCCCCUUCCUAGCUGCAAGCAUGGAUGUGGGCAUGAGAAGCCCAAGGCCUGGCACUUCUGGAGCCAGUUCUAGCCCUCCAGCCACACCCAUGGAAAUUGACAGUACGGAGGUGGGCCCAGGUCUGCAUUCCGUCAGAAGAAACCCUUUAAAGAGAAAGGCCCAACGGUAA